AUGACCGAUCUCACACCCACCCUCAAUCAACUCCUCUCCGUCAAAAAUGGCCCCCAGGUCCCCACCUCCCGCCCAUCCCCGGAAAUCGCCGACGAGUUCCUAAAGGAGGCAUAUCGCAUCGUCAGUGCCAACAUCAAACACCCCCCAAAGACCCAAGCUCACAAACCCCAGAACUCGCACAUCAGCUCCCUCCUAAAAUAUCUUCAAACAAUCCGCCACGCCUACCUAACCACAACGCCCCAACGGCGCCCUCAACCCCAAAAUCACGACCGCCACCCCUCCCAAACCCACCUAACCGACCCUGAGCGCGACUCCAUCGACUCUUCAACAGCCCUUCUCCUCCGCGACCUAGCAGCCUCGAUCUCAAACCUCUCCUCCGCCGAAUCUCUCCGCCAAUCAACCGAAUCGCAAGUCCUGCGCAAGAAAUACGGACACAGCGCCGCGGGCGAACUCCUCUGGCGCUGGGCUGGCGGCGCAGGAAUCGGCGAGGAAGACGAAGGCAAGUCCGGGGAACAAGUUUUUGCAGAGGAGCGCGCGAAGACAGUUGCGACUGUGCGCGAGGGCGUGCUUUGGUUUUUGAGGACGGGGUUGGAGGGCGCGGCGAGUGUGCAAAGGGAGAUGGUUGAGAAGAGGAUUGAGAGGAUUAGGGAGAAGGAGAAGAGUGUGUUGUAUAAGAAUGCAGGGUCUCAGGCUAAGGCUCAGGCCUCGAGUGUGGGGGAACAAUACGGGCCACCAAAGAUAUCGCGCCUGGCUUCAUCGACGCCCGACGCGGUGGCUCUCAGUGAGGUUGAUUCGAGGCAGAUUGAAGCGCAGCUUUCGCCGGAACAGUUGCAGCUUUUUGCCGAGGAGAAUGAUUCUAUGCUUCGGCAUUAUGAGGAUACGCUUGGGAAAGUACAGAACGCCGAGAAAUCGCUUAUUGAAAUCUCGUCGCUGCAGGAAACUCUCGUUACCCAUCUGGCUACGCAAGAGGAAUAUAUCUCGCAGCUUGUUAGUGAUGUCGAUCUGACCCAGUCGAAUGUGGGACGGGGAAAUCGCGAGCUCAAGCGCGCGACUGAGCGUAAGAGUACGGCGCAGGCUGUGUUCUGGGGAACGGUGGGGCUGUGUACAACCCUUGUGGUGUGGGAUUUGGUCUUUUGA